GAUCUUUUUUCUCUCCUUCUUCGAUCUCAUCUUUAGAAAUCGCUGCUCGAGAGCUCCGAGAUCCAGGAUUCUGCCUCUCAGGAUCCUGUUCUUCAAUUCCUCAGUCAGUAUGUUGAGGGAUCUGAAUAUAUUCCGGAGAAAUUCCGGAAAGGGGUCGAAGGGUGAGGAGGAGAACAUUCCGGUGGAUUCAACGGAUUUGGCUUCGGUUCAGCUAGAUCCGGACAUUUCUAGGGUUCCAUUUCAUGCUAUUCAAGAAGCUGUGCAAAACCCUAAUACUGGGAUAGAUCAAGAAGCGAUCUUGAGGAGAAAGGUGGAGAGAACUCCUUCAAAGAACCAUGGGAGGAGUAAUGUGUAUGAUAGGUAUCCGCCGUUUCGCACGCCGGAGAAACUGGCGGCAGCUAGGAGUAGGUUUGGGUGGGUUCCGAAAGGGGAGAAUGGUGAUGAUUCUGGUCACCAGGUGCAGAUGGGUCGUGGAGGUGGUUAUGGGAUUACUACUCCACGUGCUUAUCGGACUGCUGGGAAGGCGUCAUCGGUUCAUUCUGAUACUAGUUCUACUCAGAGCACGCCUACAAAGAGUGUUUCUAAGCCUGCGUACCCUGGCAGUGCUCGGCCUCCUCUCAGUGCUGGGCCUCGGUGCAUGAACUUUUCAGCUGGAUCAAAGGGGUUCCCAGUGCCAUGUGCACCGCCAGUGAUUUACAAUGCAAUUGAAGUGCCUCAUUUCGAGCUUAAAGAAGAUCCUGCUUUUUGGAUGGAGCACAAUGUACAGGUUGUCAUUCGUGUUCGACCUCUGAAUAGCACGGAGAAGAAUUUGCAGGGUUAUAAUAGAUGCGUGAGGCAGGAUACUGCACAAAGUAUUGUUUGGAUCGGCCAGCCAGAAGCCAGGUUCACAUUUGACCAUGUUGCAUGUGAGACUGUCAGUCAGGAAGUGCUUUUUCGUGUGGCUGGUUUGCCAAUGAUCGAGAAUUGUAUGUCUGGGUACAAUAGUUGUGUGUUUGCUUAUGGCCAGACAGGAAGUGGUAAAACAUACACAAUGCUCGGGGAAAUUGAUGAUUUGGAAAUUAGGCCCAGUUCUGAUCGCGGGAUGACACCUCGUAUCUUUGAAUUCUUGUUUGCAAGAAUCAAAGCGGAGGAGGAGAGUAGGAGAGAUGAGAAACUAAAGUACAACUGUAAAUGUUCUUUUUUAGAAAUUUACAAUGAACAAAUCACAGAUCUUCUUGAUCCCUUAUCCACUAAUUUGCUUCUGCGCGAAGAUUUGCGGAAAGGUGUUUAUGUUGAAAAUCUUACUGAAUUUGAAGUUGAGUCUGUCAGUGACAUUCUUAAGCUCCUCAUCCAGGGAGCUGCAAAUCGGAAAGUGGCUGCAACAAACAUGAACCGGGAGAGCAGCCGCUCUCAUAGUGUAUUUACGUGUGUUAUAGAGAGCCGAUGGGAGAAAGAUUCAACCACUAAUCUACGGUUUGCAAGGCUAAAUCUUGUGGAUUUAGCUGGGUCUGAGAGGCAAAAAGCGUCAGGAGCUGAAGGCGAGAGACUAAAGGAAGCUGCAAAUAUUAAUAAAUCCUUAUCCACACUUGGGCAUGUGAUAAUGAUUCUAGCUGAUGUAGCACACGGGAGACAGCGGCAUGUUCCUUACAGGGAUUCAAGACUAACAUUUCUUUUACAAGACUCACUUGGGGGAAAUUCAAAGACAAUGAUCAUUGCAAAUGUUAGCCCUUCAAUUUGCUGUGCAAAUGAAACGCUCAGUACACUCAAGUUUGCCCAGCGUGCAAGGCUCAUUCAAAACAAUGCUGUUGUCAAUGAAGAUGCGUCAGGAGACAUACUCUCCUUACAACAUCAAAUACGCUUGUUGAAGGAGGAGCUUGCUGUCUACAAGCGUCAGACUGUGUCAAGAUCCCUUUCAUUUGGUACCAUCACCUUUGAUGAUUCAGAGGGCAAUGGAUGUGUUACUCCUAUGGAGAAAAUGCAUCCACAGAAGCAAGCAAGUGUUGAUGGUUUAUGUGAUUGUGAAUCUAUGCCUAGCGUAAGAGUUUCCACUAAGCAGUUGAGAUCAUUGGAAGCAACAUUGACUGGUGCCCUGCGACGAGAGAAAAUGGCAGAUACCACUAUCAAGCAGCUUGAAGCUGAAAUUGAACAGUUGAAUCGCCUGGUUCGUCAACGAGAAGAGGACACACGUUCUUCAAAAAUGAUGCUUAAGUUUCGGGAAGAUAAAGUUCAUAGAAUGGAAUCUCUAGUUGGGGGUUUAUUGCCAAUUGACUCAUAUUUAGUGCAAGAGAAUAAUGCUCUGUCUGAAGAGAUAAAGCUACUUCAAACUAAGGUUGAUAGGAACCCGGAAGUCACUCGUUUUGCUUUGGAAAACAUCAGGCUCUUGGACCAACUCCGAAGGUUCCAGGAAUUCUAUGAAGAAGGGGAGAGGGGUCUUCUGCUUAAUGAAGUAUCUGAGUUGCGAAACCAGCUUCUACAAAUCCUUGAUGGAAAGUGUGAACUGGAUCCGUGUCCCAAGCACAGUAGUGGAACUCAAGAGGCUGCUCAUUGUGAAUUUUCUGAUUCAGCCAGUGAUAAUCACUCCCUUAGUAUGGAGUUGGAGAAGACUUUCCAUGAGUUGGAUGUGUGCAAGAAUGACCUAAAGUGUUGCUUGGAAAUCAAUUCAAAACUUACCAGAGAGAUAAAUGAUCUGCAAACUGAAUUGAGUCAGCUGAAAUCUUCAAUUCAUGAUGAGAAAAACAAUUCUGAUUCUGAUAGCGUGGAAAUGUGCUUGGGCUCUCCAGAGGCAAUUUUCCAAAUUAAGCCAAAGAAGGAAGAAUCUAUACUUGAAGACCAAAUGAAGCAUGCUGAGGAGGUACUGAACUUGCAAUUGGAAUUGGAUAUAUUGAAGGAAAUCCUUAAAGAGGAAAAAUCAUCUCGGUUUGAGGUUGAGGAAAGGGUCAUUCAUGCAAACAAUGAGCUUAAAAUGGCCAAUGAUAGAGUUGUCCAGAUUUGCAGGUACCAUGAUGACACGAACAAUGAGCUUGAAAAUGCCAGAUCUAUCAUUGAUGCACUUGAAUCUCAACACAUUAUGGCAAUAAAUGAUCUAGACAAACUAAGGGAGGAAAAUUACCAAUAUGUAGAUCGCCUUAAUAAACAAGAGCAGGAGAUAUCUGUUUUGAGAAAGAAGGUUCUUUUAAACAUUGAAGGGGAAGAAAAAUCGUCCUUGACUCUGGCAGAGCAAUGUAACCGUCCUUCGAGGAAAUCUGAAAGUGAGAGUUCUCCCUUGCAGACAAAGCUAAAAAGAAUGCAAUGCUCCCUUGAAAAGGCAAGGAUUUUGAACAUUAAGUACCAAACUGACCAAGCGUCGCAGACUAUCCAUGAACGAGAAAUGGAUGAGAUUUGUAGGCAGGUUGAGGCUGAGACGGCUGAGGUGAUUGUGUGCAUGCAGGAAGAGCUCAUAUCUCUUCAGCAGCAGGUUGAUGACAGUAUCAGGGAUAAAUUGCUUGCUGAACAAAGCCUGGUAGCACUUCAAAAUGAGAUGAAAAAGCUAAAUGAAAGGUUAAUUGAUGUCACAAAUGAUAAUCAGAAGCUAUGUGAAUUUGUCAAAGAGAAAGACGAAGAUCUGAGGUCAAUGAUAGAAGAUCGGGAAAGAUUAGCUUUUGAGAUUGCAGAAGUUCUUGGUGAUGGAAAUGCAGCACUCGAAGAAGCUGCUGACCAGGCUUGUUCAAUCAGCUGUAUUCUUCUCAAUCGAAGUUGGGCUGGUGAGCAAUUUGAGAGGAUGAUUAGAAGUAUUUAUGAAAAGGAUGAGUUGAUUUAUGAUCUGCAGAAUCGAUUGGAGGAUGCACAGAAUGUAAUGUGUGAUAUGGAAUGGAAAUUGAGGUCUUUGAGAGGAGCAACACUGGCUAUAACCGAGACACAACAGCAGGAAACUGUUGACAGAGAAAGGGAAUUUCUUUGUUUGUCAUCACAGUUAUCUGAAAGAACUUCAUGUGUAUCUGAACUCGAAGACAAGAUCAAACUUGGUGAAGACCGAAUCAGGAAAGCUGAGCUUUGUGCUAAAGUUGCUUUCAUGACUGUAAGCAGUUUAUCUGAGAAAGUUAAUAACCAUGUUCUGGAGCUGGAACAUGUACAAUUCCUGCUUAAUCAGACAAAGGAAAUGCUCUCUCAAAAGGAUUUGCUCCUACAGAGUCUAAUGGUUUCACAUGCUGAUGCUGAGCAGCAAAUUCAAGAUCUCAAAUAUCAAUUAGAGCAGUCUCAGAUGGAAGCUGAUGUUGUUAGACCAGUACUUGGAUUCAUUCAGGAGCCUGAGCAAAGGCAAGAUUUUGAACUGCAGAUGAAAAAUGAGGAAGAGUUUGUUCUAUCUAAUAUUGCAAAAGAUCUUAGGAAGGCACGAAUAAAACUGAAUGAGUUCAAGACAAGAGCAAAUCCGGCACACUCUAAUGAAUAUGUUGAGCAGGCGAAAGAUGCUGCACAAGUAUAUUGUCCUGGAAAUUUUACUGUGGAAAAUGAUAGCAAUGACGCAGAGGACAGGGGUGAGCUCCGAUCAAUUGAUUUUGGUCUAGAGCAGCACAUCAUUAAAAGUGUACCUGACAGUGAGAUGCGUCCAUUGUUGAAGGAUUCAAAUGUUAGCUUAAGUGGUUGCUUGAUGGAAAGCAUCCAUGAUAGAGAAGUUACCAUAGUCCUACUGAGGAAGGAAAUAGAGUCUGCUCUUGAUAGCCUGGAGGGAGUGCAAGCACAAAUGGUUAAACUUCUCUAUGAGAAGGAGGAGAGCAAGAAAACUGAGAUGCAGAACCGUGAAAGGGUUGAACAUCUUGUAGCUGAAUUACUUGAACUAAAAUCACAGAUUGAUUAUAAGGAGCAAGAAUGUGAAGGCAGGCUGCUGGUGUUGGAGAAGAAGUUGCAAAUUGUAGAGACAAAUGCUAUAGCAGCUAAUGAUUCUUGGAACAAAUUCAAGGAGGUAUUUGAGAGCGAGGUUUGUGAUGCAAAGGCUGUUGCAACUCAAAAAACAAUUGAGGCUUCCCACCUUCUAUCUAGGAUAGAGGAGGCUCAAGAAACCAUGAAAGAUGCAGAUGACAUGGUAAAUGCAUUGUUGGAAGCAAAUGUCACUGCAAAGCGUGACAUAGAAAGGCUUCAACAGAUUGAAGCCACAUUGAAGUAUGAGAAGAGUUGUCUCAUGGAUGAAGUUCAGGUUCUGCAGUCUUCUCUUGAUACAAAAAAUCAUGAAUAUCAGUGUAUGGAGACUGCAUUUGAGAAGAGUCUCAUGGAAUCAAGAAGUUUUGUGCUUGUUCUGGAGGACACAUUAAGGCAUCUGCAGGCUUCUGUUGCAGAGAACUUCAAAUGUAUAACCUGUAACAUUGACUGGAUGAAAUUACAACUUCACCAUUAUGUAGAGCUAGCUCAAAAGUGGCUAGAAGACAUUUGUUUGGAGAUCAUCGGAAAAGAUUGUGCUGUUUCGGUGCUACAUCUUUGUCAUAUGGGAAUCUUGUUGGAGAGGUUAACUGGGCUGAAUGCUGAGAAUUGUUUCCUUUCUCGUGGAUUGUGUGAAUCAAAUUCAGUAAUUGCUGAUCUCCGAGAACAUAAUGUUAGGGCAAAGAAAGAACUUGAAAUAUGUAGCAUCCUCAAGGGAAAGUUGCUGGUUGACAUCAACAAUAGUUUUAAUCGAAUCACAAAUAAAGAAGCUGAAACAAUGGAGUUCAGAGCCAGACUAAACACUUUUGAGAAGAAGAUUCUAAAUCUACAGUAUCAAGAAGAGUCCAUGUUGGCUCGCUCAAAUUCUAUGGGAGGUGAACUGGCUAUGUUAACGAAAGAGUUGGAUUUGAACAAUAGAAGUGCUUUAGCAGCAGUAUCUCUUAAUGAGAAAGUUCUGAGAGAAAAUGAAGAUAUCCAUAGACAGCUGGAGGAGAAGUCCAGAUUGCUCAAUGAUGUCAAUGCUACUCAUGAUAAGCUCUGGAACUCGGUCUGUGAAGAUUUAGAUCUUCUUGUUAACAACUGCCAUCCUUCAUCACAAAUCACGUCAUGUAAUUCGAUAGCCAGUGCUAUGAAGUCAGUGAAAGAAGCUGAACUUAAUAAUGUCAUUUGCUCCCAGACAGAGUCUUUGGCCAUCAAGAUAUUUGCAAAAGAUUUUGAGCUUCUUGUGUUGGAAUCAGAGCUUGAACAGAGAACUUUCGAAUGCCAGCGUAUGACUUCACAAAUAGAUCAUCUAGAAAACCACAUUUUUUUUUCUGAAAGAGUUAUUGAGAAAGCAAUGGAGGAAAUGAUUAUUCAUAAGAUCGAUGGUGAACUGAAAGGUAGUGAGAUAAAAUCUUUGCUUUUGGAAAAUGAAGUACUUAAUGUUAGUUUGACUCAGUUGAAGGAAGAAAAUUCCCGAAAAAGCUAUGAUUUAGAGAAGGCGAAGGCAGAGCUCACAUCUUCUACUUCUAAGGUGAUUGUAACAGAGCAGGAAAAUCAUUCUUUAAAAGAUACAGUUUCUUCCUUGUUAGCUUGCAUGACCAGUCUACAAGCUGAUAUUGACAUGAAAAAUGAAAAGUUAGAGUAUCUCGAGUGUUCUUAUUCUGACCUUCUAAAGGAGCUUGAUUUGAAAAGCCAGGCCAUUAUCAUUCAGACAGAGAGGACAAAUGCUUUGAAAUCAGAGUAUAAUUCUUUAGAAAAUGAAGUAGUUUCUUUAAAGAGAAAGGAAGAUGACGCUUUCUCACUGCUUAACAUCAACCUAAAGCAUUGUUUUGAUUCAGUUCAAUCAAUGGCUAUACUCAUAGAGAAAAUGUUUCACAUCCCAUAUGCCCGUUUUGUUCUUAUGACAGAAACAAUUUAUCACAAGGUUUGUGAGCAAAAAGAGUUGGCAACGGAGUUUGUCGACAAGAUGCAUUUCUUGGAGUUGGCUGCUAGCGAAUUACUAUCUAAAAACCAGUCUCUGAACUAUGAGUUGAUACGAAAAGAUGAAGCAUCAAAAGGUCUACUAUAUGAUCUGAGCUUACUCCAGGAGUCAGCAUCUAUUGCAAUGGACCAGAAGGAUGAACUUGAUGAGUUGACUGCCAGAGUAGAAUGUUUAGAAGAUGAACUUGAAAGAAAGUCAUGUGAGCUUAAGGAGGCUUUAGAGGAUAAAUCCUUGCUUGAAGCAGAUUUGUUAAAAACAAACGAGAAGUUAUCUGAUCUUGAGUUGGUGCUUGCAGACAAAAAUAAUUCAUCCAACUUGGUUUUGGUUGAAAACCAAAAGCUGAAAGAAGAUAUGGAAGACAUCUUAGAAGCAAAUGUUAUGGUUGAGGAAGAGUUGCAUGAGAAAAUUAUUGUCUCAAAAAGAUUAGAAGAGGAGCUAGUUGAAAUGGGGAAAUUGCUUGGGCAAAGGAAUAAUUUUAUUGAAGAUUUGCAGAGUGAAAUGACCAAACUUGCAGAUGAAAGGGAGGACCUGGCUUUGAAGGUACUUGUCUUGAAGGAGCAGUUGGAAAUGGCUCACGCUUUGGCUGAAGAAAAUGAAGCUAUUGCUACCGAAGCUCGUCAGUUAGCUGAGGGACGAAAGGCCUAUGCAGAAGAAAAAGAAGAGGAGGUUAGGCUACUGGAGAGGUCUGUAGAGGAGCUUGAAUUCACUGUGAAUACUAUGGAAAGCAAGGUGGAGAUUGUCAAAGAGGAGGCUGAAAGGCAACGCCUACAAAGAGAAGAAAUGGAAGUGGAACUUCAAGUGUUGAGACAUCAGCUUUUGACAGUACCUAGCUCUGCUCACAUCCAUAAUAUGUUAGAAGAUCGAGAUACUGAAUUUUCCAGGCAACUGAAAGCGAAGGCCACUGAGCUACAAGAAGCCCAGAGGAGUAUAAAAGAUCUCCAUGAACAAGUGGCUGAUAAGGAUAUGGAGAUAAGCCAGUGUAAAGCCCAUAUCUCCGAGCUAAAUUUGCAUGCUGAAGCACAAGCAAGAGAAUACAAACAAAAGUUUAAGCAAUUGGAGGCCAUGGCACAAGAAGUCAGGGCUGACACUACAUCUUCAAAUGCUACAAGUGUAACAUCAACGAAAUCAGAAAAAACUGCUGCUAAGUCCAGAGGGUCUGGUUCCCCAUUUAAAUGCAUCGGGUUGGGACUAGGACAACAAAUCAACUCGGAGAAAGAUGAAGAACUAUCAGCAGCAAGACGUCAGAUAGAAGAACUUGAAGGACUUGUCACUUGCAAACAGAAAGAGUUAUUCAUGUUGAACGCUCGUCUGGCUGCGGCAGAGAGCAUGACUCAUGAUGUGAUUCGAGAUUUGCUUGGAGUGAAGUUGGAUAUGGCAAAUUAUGCAUCAUUGCUAGACAACCCACAAAUACAGAGGAUGAAGGAACCAGAGCAAUGUGAUUAUCAAGAGCCCCAGCAUAAGGACAAGGAGGUGCUCAAUCUGAAAAGGCAACUUAAUCAAUUCAUCCAAGAGCGCCAAAGCUGGCUGGAUGAGAUUAACGAAAGGCAAGCAGAACUUGCUUCUUUACGAAAUACACUGGAGAAGCUGCGACAAAGAGAGAGGAUGUUAACAACUGAAAAUGAAAUGUUGAAGGUGGAUAAUUCAAAGCACAAGAAGAUGAUUGUGGAACUUGAACAUGAAAUAGACAAACUAUCUAAGCAGCAGAAUCUUCAGCAACGUAUUCAUCACCAUGCUAAAACAAAGGAAGAAAACAGUUUGCUGAGGAUUCAAAAUGAUGAGCUAGAUGCCAGGUUGCAGCAAUCUGAGGCAUUGCUUUUACGUGUAAAAGAAGAGCUUGCUCGUUAUCGAGCUGCUGGUGGGAAGAAACCAUCUGUUGACUUUGAUGAAGAGGAGCAGCUCAAGAGGAGAUUAGAAGACAGUGAACAGGAAAGACUCCAUUUGGGUCAAAAGCUAUUGGGUUUAUGUACUAGUAUUUUGGAGGUUGCUGGGUUCACACAACAAGUGUCCUCUCCAAGCCUGUUAACAGCGCAAGAGGCACUUGAUCAGCUCAAGAACCGCAUUAAUUCAUUGGAAAUUCAAAUAGAAGAUCUCAAAUUAAAGUGCAAGAUAUAUUGUGAAAAGAUUAGAUUGGGUGAACUAAAACAAGAAUGCUUGCCACCUGAUUUGAGAGUAUCACCAAUGAACAUGUUCCAAUCUCCAGAACCUCAAAAUAAAUGUACUUUAGAGAAUGAAGAUUGAUUAAUCUUCAGUUUUAGUUUUUAUCAAUGAGCUAAAUGAGUUUUGGAGGCUUAAUGCUUUAUCCCUCCCAUGAUCAAGAGGAUGUAAGGUGUAUAGUUUGUUUGGCCAAUUAAUUGCAAUAUAUUUGUUAAUUCUUUUUUAAUAUAUAAUUUUCUUGUAAAUUAAGUCUUACACUGCAAUUAACUAU